AUGGUCGACUCCUGUUAUGGCUCCGUCUGCUCUGACCAGGCCUGUGGCCAUGAGACCUGCUGCCGCCCCAACUGUUGCCAGACCACCUGCUGCAGGACCACCUGCUGCCACCCCAGGUGCUGUGUGUCCAGCUGCUGCCAUCCCAGUUGCUGCCAGACCACCUGCUGCCGCCCCUCCUGCUGUGGCCCCAGCUGCUGUGGCUCCAGCUGCUGCCGCCCCUCCUGCUGCAUUUCUAGCUGCUGCCACCCUGCCUGCUGUGGCCCCACCUGCUGUGGCUCCAGCUGCUGCAGGCCCAGCCGCUGCAUCUCUAGCUGCUGCCGCCCCACCUGCUGCCAGACCACCUGCUGUAGAACAACUUGCUGCCACCCCAGCUGCUAUGGUGGUUCUUGCUGCUGA